AUGGCGGCGAGAGCAGCGCCGUCGACUGCGGAGCCCGUGGGAGCCGCAGACCGGGCCGAGGCAGCCGGAGGGCAGGACACAUCCUCACAGAAAAUUGAAGACUUGGUGGAAAUGGUGAAAAGGUUGCAGAAAGGAAGAAGCCUGGAGCCCCGGGUUGAGGUCCUGAUUAACCAGAUUAAUGAGGUUCAGGAAGCAAAAAGGAAAGCCAGUGAAGAGUUGGGAGAGGCCCGGACUGUCUGGGAGGACCUGCAGAAGGAACUGGACACAUUGCAUGGAGAGAAAGUACGCCUGAAGGAGAUCUUGAGCAAAAAACAAGAGACCCUAAGGAUCCUGCGGCUGCACUGUCAGGAGAAGGAGGGUGAGGCACAGAGGAAGCACAGCAUGUUGCAGGAGUGCAAGGAGAGAAUCUCUGCCCUGAACUCCAAGAUCGAGGAAGAGAAGAACAAACAGAGGCAACUGAGGUUGGAUUUUGAGGAGCAGCUGGAGGAUCUGAUGGCCCAGCACAAGGACCUCUGGGAAUUCCAUAAGCCAGAGCGGCUGGUGAGGGAGAUUUGUGCCCUGGACAGCAGUAAGGAGCAGCUACUCAAAGAAGAGAAGCUGCUCGAAGUGAAGCUGGAGGAUGUGAAGCAUCGGCUGUGCUCCCUGUGCGGGGCUGAGGGCACCUCCACCAACACUGACGGGCUCUUUCUCCGUAGCCAGGAGGCGGCAGCAGCAGUGCAGCUGUUCCAGGAGGAGAACAAGAAGGCUGAGGAGCUCCUGGCAGCUGCUGCCCAGCACCAUCAGCAGCUGCAGCAGAAGUGCCAGCAGCUGCAGCAGAUGCGACAGAGGCUGAAGGAGGAACUGGAAAAGCAUGGGAUGCAAGUUCCUGCCCAAGCCCAGAGCAAGCAAGAGGAAGCGGCCAGCCCAAGAAAGGCAGCCAGUCCCAAGUUCCUAGGAGUCCAUGAAGAGGAAGACCCUGAGCUGCCCACUGAGUAG